GCGGCACGCUCCGUAGCCGGCGUCGUGCCACCACCUAUAAACACAACCCCGCACAUGUUGGAGAUAGCCGACUUGUAGCAACCAAGCCAAACAGGUACAGCACGUACUACGUCACGCAGACCGUUGUACAUAUACGAUCCGUCUUGCUGCACGCGGACAUAUCCUCGUUCUCCCCCCUUCUGUCCGUCAUACAAAGGUUCCAUCACCACUGUUCAAUCAUCACCGUUUUACAAUGCCUGGUCGUCUGGAAAACAAAGUCGCCGUCGUCACUGGCGGCGCCUCUGGCUUCGGCAAAGGCAUCGCCAUCAAGUUUGUCCAAGAGGGCGCCAAGGUCGUCAUUGCUGAUUUGUCCGAGGACGCCGCCAGCGCACUUGCGCAAGAACUCGGAUGUGUCAGCUUAAAGGCCGAUGUCACCAAGAGAGAAGACUGGGAGCGCAUCCUGGCCGAGACGCUCAAGCACUACGGCCAACUCGAUAUUGUCGUCAACAAUGCGGGCACCACAUACUCCAACAAGCCGACGGAGCAGGUCACCGAGGCCGACUUUGACCUUGUCAUGAAUGUCAAUGUCAAGUCCAUCUACAUUUCUACCAACGUCAUUGUCGACUACUUUCUCAAAGAAAACCGCCCGGGCUGCUUCGUCCAGGUCGCCUCUACAGCAGGUAUCCGCCCUCGCCCAGGCCUGGUCUGGUACAAUGCGUCCAAGGGCGCCGUCAUCACAGCUACCAAGGGAUUGGCUGUAGAGUACGGCCCCAAGCAGAUUCGCUUCAACUCGGUUUGCCCCGUAGUGGGACUCACAGCAAUGACCCAUCUCUUCCUGGGCAAGCCCGACACGCCAGAGAACCGCGCCGCCUUUGUCUCGACGAUUCCCAUGGGCCGCCCAUCCGAGCCGGCCGAUAUUGCCAACGCAUGCUGCUACUUGGCCAGCGACGAAGCUGCAUUUAUCACAGGCACUGCGCUUGAAGUGGAUGGCGGACGCUGCGUAUAAUCUGUUUUUGUACUGUACACUAGACGACUCACUGAACCACCGCUCAAAGUGGAGGAAGCCCCAAAAUGGAGGUGUCUGGGGAAAGCAGAGAGAGGGAGGCGCCUCUGGAGAUAGUAUCUGGGUGUUGGGAAAGGAAUAUAUGGGCGCAAACGAAUUACUCAGUAUUUGCUGAAUCAAUAUCAUUACUGCUACCCGUCCGCGUAUGCAUUCCAAUCGAAUGACC